AAUACUAUUUCACCGAUUUAUUCAUUCGUGUUCCGUACACUUAGUUGAACGGACAUGUUAUAAAUGUUUGGGCUUUCGUUUCUAUCUCCGGAACCAUGCCAGCUGAUCCCGAGUCAGAUCCCACUCAACACACGCAGCCACAUUCAGUGCCUCAGCUGACCGGAGGUCGGUGGUUUCAUAUCCGGGAUUGCUGUGGAGGACUGUCAGCUGACAGCAGUCGGGCUGUGUGAGUUCUUCGACCAGAAACCGAUUUAAAGCCAAAUUAUCUCGGACGCGGGUAAACAUGGCCUCUAAUCCACCCAGACUGAAGAUCGAGAUAACGUCUAAUGAAAGGCUGAAAAACUUGAAAUGUCACUUUGAAGCAAAGUUUGGAGAAUCUCCUCUCUUCUAUGCACGUGCACCUGGAAGGGUAAACCUAAUAGGCGAGCACAUUGACUACUGUGGCUACUCAGUCCUCCCCAUGGCUAUCGAGCAGAGUAUCCUGACUGCCGUGUCUGUGAACAACUCUGGGAUGAUCCAGAUGGCGAACACAAAUCCUCAGUACCAGGAUUUUAAAGUGUCGUGCUCGGAGGAAAUCGUCAUAGACAGAAAAAACCCAAAGUGGUAUUAUUAUUUCCUCUGUGGAGUCAAAGGCAUCCAGGAGAAGUUUGGGAUCUCUCGUUUGGCCGGGAUGUCCUGUGUUGUAGACGGAACCGUUCCUCCCAGCUCCGGUCUGUCCAGUUCAAGUGCCUUAGUUUGCUGUUCUGGCCUCUUAACAAUGGAGGCUAACCAAAAGUCUCUCUCUAAGGUGGCUCUAGCUGAGAUAUGUGCCAAAAGCGAGUGCUACAUCGGGACCGAGUCAGGAGGCAUGGACCAGUCCAUUUCAUUCCUGGCAGAGGAAGGAACUGCAAAGCUGAUAGAGUUCCAGCCUCUGAAGGCCACCGACGUCAAGCUGCCAGACGGGGCCGUGUUCGUCAUCUCCAACUGCUGUGUCGAGAUGAACAAAGCUGCUUCUUCUCACUACAACAUCCGCGUGGUCGAGUGCCGGAUCGCAACGAAGAUGUUGGCGCAGGCCCGAGGUCUGGAUCCAAGCGGCUUGUUGAAGCUCUGUCAGGUUCAGGCGGCGCUGAAGGCCUCCCUGGAGGACAUGUUGGUCCUGGUGGACGAGGUGUUGCAUCCUGAGCCAUACGGCCGUGAGGAGAUCUGUAAAGUGCUGGGCAUCACCUCGGAGAAGUUGUGCGCGGAGCUGCUGAGCGCCAACACUCAGCAUGUGACGCACUUCAAGCUUCACCAGCGAGCCAAGCAUGUGUACGGUGAAGCUGCGCGCGUGAUGAGGUUUAAGAGCGUGUGCGACGGCGGUUCAGCCGAAUCCAUAAAGCUGCUCGGAGAGCUGAUGAACCAGAGCCACGCCAGCUGCAGAGACCUGUACGAGUGCAGCUGUCCAGAACUGGACCAGCUGGUGGACAUCUGUCUGAAAUCAGGCGCCGUGGGCUCCAGGUUGACAGGAGCUGGCUGGGGAGGCUGUGCUGUCUCCAUGGUUCCCAGCGGGAAGGCCGAGUCCUUCUUACAAGCCGUCAGAGACGCCUACUACACGCCCGACCCGCACAGAGCAGCAAUGGAGAAACAAAGCUUGUUUGUGACGAAGCCGGGCGGCGGCGCUGCACUUCUGCUGGAGGAGUAACAAUGUCUUACCCAUCCAUCUUUAUUUUGCUAACUUUGUUUUUCAAAUCAACUAAAACAAAGGGAAAUUUGGGAUUUUUUUUUACUACACUCUGAAGCUGGAAAUGAUGUUUAAUCUUUUACCUCACUGUAUAGACGGGAACAUAAGGGCCAAAUUUACACUUAUGUGAUAUGUCUUUUGUUAUGAUUUUUUAAUAUAAUUAGUAUUAGAAACAUGAGAAAUGGUGUCAAAUGAUUUUUUCCCCCAAAAAUAAAACAGCACUACAGAAAACA